AUGGGUGUGCCAAGAUUGUUGUGUAGGUGCUCCUCUGUCCUUGCUGUUGUGGGAUUGGUGUUGAAUGUAGCAGGGUUGUGUAAUGGAGGGAUUACGAGCAGUUUUGUGAGAAAGGUUGAGAAAACUAUUGAUAUGCCUCUUGAUAGUGAUGUCUUCAGCGUCCCUCCUGGCUAUAAUGCGCCUCAACAGGUUCAUAUAACACAAGGAGAUCAUGUGGGGGAGGCAAUGAUUGUGUCAUGGGUUACUGUGGAUGAACCUGGUUCAGACACAGUCCUAUACUGGAGUGAGAACAGCAAGCAAAAGAAAGAGGCCAAGGGAAGGGUUACUACUUAUAAAUUCUACAAUUAUACUUCUGGUUACAUUCAUCAUUGCACCAUUUGGAAAUUGAAGUUCAACACUAAAUACUACUACGAGGUUGGGAAUGGACACACAAUGCGAACUUUCUGGUUCACAACUCCUCCUGAAGUUGGCCCUGAUGUGCCAUAUACUUUUGGUCUCAUAGGUGAUCUUGGUCAAAGUUUUGAUUCAAACAUAACGCUUAACCAUUACGAAUUCAAUCCAACAGAAGGAAAAACAGUCUUGUUUGUUGGGGACCUCUCUUAUGCAGAUAACUACCCCAAUCACGACAACGUUAGAUGGGAUACUUGGGGAAGGUUUACUGAAAGAAGUGCCGCUUAUCAACCUUGGAUAUGGACUGCUGGAAAUCAUGAGAUUGAUUUCGCUCCUGAAAUUGGCGAAACUAAACCCUUCAAGCCUUAUAGUCAUCGGUAUCAGGUCCCUUAUAAGGCAUCAAAUAGCACUGCCCCCUUUUGGUAUUCAAUCAAGCGAGCUUCAGCAUACAUCAUUGUCUUGUCUUCAUAUUCAGCAUAUGGCAAGUACACUCCUCAGUACAAAUGGCUUGAGGCGGAGCUACCAAAAGUCAAUAGGAGUGAGACGCCGUGGUUGAUUGUUCUUAUGCAUUCCCCAUGGUAUAAUAGCUACAACUACCAUUAUAUGGAAGGAGAAACCAUGAGAGUCAUGUAUGAGCCAUGGUUUGUGCGGUACAAAGUCGAUGUUGUGUUUGCUGGUCAUGUUCACGCCUAUGAACGAUCAGAACGAGUAUCAAACAUUGCUUACAAUGUAAUGAACGGCAUCUGCAGCCCUGUUAGUGACCAAUCUGCCCCUGUAUACAUAACCAUUGGUGAUGGAGGAAACCUUGAGGGCUUGGCAACCAACAUGACAGAGCCACAACCGAAGUACUCAGCUUUUCGCGAGGCCAGUUUUGGUCAUGCCAUUUUUGAUAUCAAGAAUCGAACCCAUGCUUACUAUGGUUGGCACCGAAAUCAGGAUGGAUAUGCUGUGGAAGCUGAUUCGUUGUGGUUUUUCAAUCGAUUUUGGCAUCCAGUUGAUGAUUCUACAAGUGCCCAAUCAUGA